AAAGCACCACCUCAGUGUCUGCUUCCACCCACCAGAUCAUGGUCCAUCCUCACCAUACACACACAUUAACACACAGUGCUCGUCAGCCAGCUCCAGUUUCUUUGACCUAAAGGACAGUCAGUAGCGCCAAGAGCCUUGGAGUUCCUCAGACAGGAUGGGCCUCCGGCUACUGCUCACAUCCACGCUCCUGUUGAGCUGGACGGCUUCGAAUUCAGCUUUAAAAAUAACAUCUGUGAACCUGUCCAUCGAGCCCAAUGCUAAUGUGAUUCGAAACACCAGUGUGACUUUAAGAUGCAAAGCCGGGGUUCUCGCUUAUGGGACGGAGGCACCGAAUCGAGUGUAUACCAUAUACAAAGAUGACAAUGUAAUCUAUAACAAGACAACCAGCUCCUCUGAGGAUUUUUUCUACAACCUGCCUGAGGCCAGAGUCUCCAACAAUGGCAAAUACAGGUGCAUGACAAACAUCAUGGGAGAGAAGAAGGCCAGUGAAGUUGUAACACUCACAGUGACAGGCAUGUCAACGCCCAUUCUUCGCCUAAACAAAGCGAAUAUCACUGAAGGGGAAGUUGUAACAGCCACAUGUUUAGCACCUGGCGAGACGGGUUCCCUUUUGUUCAGCUUCUACGAUGGCUCCAAAGAAGUCGACAAGAUAGGGUUGAACUCCAACUCAGUCGGGUUUCGCCCUAAAGGCGUUGGGGACCACAUUAUUCACUGCUCCUACUCUGUCUUCAUCAUGCCAAACGUAUUCAAGUCCCAACGAAGCAACGUAGUCACUGUUAAAGUUAAAGAGCUUUCCCUUGAGCCAAUCCUGAAGAUUUCCCCUCAGAAUAUCGUCUAUGAAGGUGACACUCUCAACAUCACUUGCUCGGUUAGUGAUUAUAGGGCGGACUAUCGAGAUGCAGAGCUGCUCCUGAGUCAGGGCAACAAAAUACUCCAGAGAGGAAACACAUCUAUCCAUGUUAGCUGGACUGCAUGUGCAACAUCCCUAAAGCUCACCAUUGAAUGCUGGUUGUAUGUGGGAAAUGUAGCCAAAGUCGACAACAAGACAGUUCCAGUGAUUGAGCUGUUCUCAGUGCCCACUCUCAAGAUGUCUCCUCCCGAGGUCUUUCAAGGGGAUUCAAUUCGACUAAUCUGCCAAAGCGAGAGAUUGUCUUAUAAUAGACUUGGAGGAGAAAACCUUAUUUACAGUCUUGAGCCUCUCGAGUACCACAUGUCUCGAGCAGGGAAUGGAGUAUUUGCUGGCAAUGCCAAGACAAUUGAUUCCAACUAUACAUGUACAGCAGCUGCAAAGGGCAUCAAGAAGAAGAGUAAUGUUUUGACUAUUCGUCCUAAAGUUUCUCUCUCGGCUCCAAAAAUCUGGGUCUCUGGGACUGCAAUCCUCGGGAGGAAAAUCGAAAUCUUCUGUCUGUCGAAUACAGGCACCCCACCCAUUACCUACACCCUAUGGAAGACUAAUGAACAAAAACAAAUUGCCAUAGUUCAGGAGUUGAGUAAACCGGCUAACUUUACAGUCUACAUCAGUCAACCUGAAGAACUUAUCAAAUACUUUUGCAGUGCAAAUAAUGGCGGCAAGAAGCCUUACUCAAGUGACAAACUCCAUGCAGCUGUCAUUGAGCCUAUGACCGAAGCACAUCUGAUGGUCCUUCCUAUCUCAGGAGAUAUCUCGGAGGGAAACUCGGUCACCCUUAUCUGUUCUUUCAAAGGCACACCACCUGUAACAGUUAGGUGGUUCCGGGAUGGCGAUCCAAAUGCACUGGAGACCACAACCACAAAAAUUAACACCACAAACUACCCAUUCAUUCUGUCUAAAGAGCACAGCGACAAGUACUACUGCAAGGCUGAGAACCGUGCCAACUCUGUUGAAAGUAACAGAGUCAACUUAGUAGUCGGCAUGGCGAUGUGGAAGAAAUUACUGAUUCCCGGAAUCGUAAUACUGGUGGUGCCCUCACUGGUGUUGGUGGGCUUUGUGCUGUUCAUCAGAUCCAGGAGAGGUAAAAGAGAAACUGCUGCUGAAUUGUCAGUAAAGCCUGCGAGCCCUAAAUCAGAUGACUCUUUAACAGUGACUCUAACCCACGACACAGAGGUUUAUAAUGCAGCCACAGACGCAGCGUCGUUCUAUGAUGACAAGGAGGGGAGAGUGGCCAAUGGGACGCGAGGUAGCGUUGCAUCGCUUCCUGCAGACAUCAUCAACAGGAGCAGCUGCAGUAUCCCAGCCUCAGUGUAGAGACAGCAUGCACUAUCUUUAAGGAAAAUCAAACUCUGAAAGACUUUUGAGAGAAACACAGGAGGCAGUAAUCCUGUCUGACGUUUUGAAGGAUUUGGACUCUAUGAUUACUCUGUAAAGCGGAGGGGCCUUUUUUGUUUUUAUCCUUUUUAAUGACAAUAAAUAAACCAGGUCCCACUGCUCCCUCUCCCCUCCUCCUGCAGUCUUUACCCUAACAAUCUGUUUCUUGUGCCUGUGUUGUGUGUCACUGCUUGCUUCUUUCUUGUUGCGUCUGUUCAUCUAAUCUGCAUAAAGUAAGUCUGAUGACACCGAUCUGUACAUACUGUCACAGGGAAUUUGUGUAUAUAAUUUUGGUUGAUCACCGGACUGAUGAUUGAGAGCAGUUCUGUAGAAUAAAGGUGUUUGUUUUAUUUA